AUGGCGCGACUUUUGAUUUGCUCAGUUUGGAACUCGCGCUCUCGUUUGUCACUUUUCAGUUUGUUGUUAGCCUUAUUGAAUAUUUUGGUUCUACUUGUAGACGACUUACCACAGUUGAAUACUGUGGAAACGUUUCGGGAUGAUAUCGAUUAUGUACUUGAGACUUUUCAAUAUAUGAAUGAUCUCCAAUACGGUAAAGCUGCGGUGCGAUCUGUUUUUGAAAAGGCUCGAGAUGUACGAGAAUUUUGGCGAUGUUAUUUGAGUUGGCCAAAAAAUUUCGUUGAACAAGGUUGGAUAAAAAAUGAUGAUUAUUUCUUGUUUUCAGCCACGUAUGACCGCCGAUCUAAUUCAUUAUAUCCAUCGAACCAUGCAAUACAAGUAAUAAUAAAUUCAUAUUUUCAUAUUUCCAUAUUUUCCGUUGAAGUUUAUUGUAAUAUCUAUAAUAUGAAAAAUGGUAAAUACAUAGUAGUAAAAGGAGUUGUUCGAGAAAUUUGGCAACGUGCUUGGGAUCCUCGAGAUUAUUUUUAUAUACCCAAUUUGUUGACGUGUCCACUGCCAAAUCGCUUCAGUAACAAUAAUCACUUAGCUGUUUCGAUAACAGUAACUUUAUGCAAUUCAAACUCAAAAGCAAUUUUAUCUUUAUUAUUUGUCACUUUUAAGGGAAUGGACUUCUUGGAUGAUAUUUCGCAAAAACUAAUUGAAUGGAUUGAAAUGCAGUUUUUGUUGGGCGCUGAUACGAUUACCGUCUAUACUUAUUAUAUUCAUCCAAAAGUUCAAAAAGUUCUCGACUAUUAUAGUACUAAACGAUUUCUAACUGUGGUUCCUUUAGAUCUUCCUGGAAAUUCACCAAAUCAGAAUUACAUACGAAGUAAAUUUAUUUGGCGAAAUAGGCAACAGAAACGUCGGCAUGAAUUAAUACCCUAUAAUGAUUGCCUUUAUAGGCAUAUAAAUACUCAUAAAUACAUCUUAAUUUUGGAUAUUGACGAAGUUAUUGUGCCUUUAAAGCAUAUGGACUGGGAGUCUUUUAUAAGAGAAGUGGAGAGGAACAACACGAAACACGAUAUCACAUCCAUCUCGAUAAGAAAUGUUUUUAAAUUUCCAUUAAAACAAUCGAAUACCUCUUAUCCAGAAUAUAUGUAUUUGUUGCGUAAUCAAAGAAGAUCGGAAACGAUAAGCAAACCCGGUGAUUAUGGCAAAAGUUUUGUUAGUACCAAAUCCGUUGCGACAGUCUUCAAUCAUUUCGCAUUACAUCGUUUAUAUCAAAAUGUUUCGAAAACGAUUUAUAUAAAAGAAGAAAUUGCACUAAAACUUCACUAUAAAAAUGAAUGUCCAAUAGAAUCGCGUAUGGAAUGUUCACAACUAAAAACGAUUACUAUAAAUGAUACAUCGCUUGAUAGAUUCGCUGAUAAACUAAUUGAAAGCGUUGAAAAUACGCUUAAUGAUCUAAAUCUUUGGAAGAAAAUAUGA